AUGGCACAGAUACCCAUGGAAGGCAUCUCAACUGCAAAGAGAGAUUACAUAGCUCAUGAAGUGUUGCCACUGAAACUUAAAGAACCUGAAAAACAUGUCAAGAGUGAUGAAAGCAUGGAUUUGACCUCCAUUUAUAGACAAGAUUAUAACCCCCACCCUAUCUGUCAAGUACUUCCUUGCCUCCCCCGUGAGACGAGAGACAUCUCUGGUGCCAAGAUGGACACAAAAUCCACUUACGAAGAUGACUAUGUGCUGUGGAAUGAACCAAAGACAGAGAUGAUCAGACCAGAUGAUGGGUAUCAUCCAUCAGAAGCAAAAUUUGACCACAGAACUGUUGUCCAAGAUGACUAUCUCUACAGGGGACCGGUUGCCACUCAAAGCUGCAAACCUCUGAAUCUGAAUCAGAAAAGCAAGGAUCCCUUUGAGCAUAUGACAAAUUACAGAGUGAAUUACGUGCCACACCCUCUGGAGAAACGUUACAUCCAUCAGUAUGAGAAAUACAAGCCCAGUGAGGUCCCAUUUGAUGGUCUCACUACUCACAAAGUUUCUUACAUGGGGGUGCCUGCUAAGCCAGCCAAGCUGGCAAAGCCAUACCAGCCAAAGCCUCUCCAUGAUUGUCCAUUUUCCUCUACAACUGAGUUUCAGCAAAAAUACCAAGCUUGGCCACUUCAUCCUAUAUUCACCAAAAAACCCGUUGAAUAUAUACCUCCGGUAGAGAAAAUGGACCUUCAAACCACUACUCAGUUACACUACAAGCAGCUAAAUGGCAAGCCAGCCAAGAUGUGCCGAUCUCUGGCCCAGCUUAAGAAAAACACUGGGCCAUUUGAUAGCUCUUCUACAAUGAAGGAAGACUAUAAGCCCUGGGCAUGCAAGAGAGUAAAGCCUAUCACUCAUGCCCCAGAGCUGACUUUUCCAGAUGAACCAAUGGAUUGCUUGAGCACCUUUCGGACCCAUUAUCUGCCUCAUCCUCUCACAAUUACGAAGAGCUACAAACCUGCCUGGUCAGGCCCUAGGCAUCACACUCUGCUAGAUGCUAAAACCAUCUACGCUACCAGCUACACACCGAAGGGCAUUGUUAAAUGCUUGGCUUCUUACAAAGACCCACCGGGAUACAUCUUUGAGGGAACCAAUGCUGAUGGUCACAAACUCUAUAUCCCCGCUUCUGAAGGUGAAUGCUGGAAAGGUUGA